AAAAACUCUACGCCACAAAGAUACCCCUGUCCAACCCUCCAGCUCCAACGUCAUCCCAAUCUAGCCCCCCAAAAGUAGAUAUCCGACCGACCACAACCUCUGGCAAAAAAGCCACAACACCAGAACAAAAAGCAAUGUCCUUACCCCGAGCUCUGCGAGCCAAGCCCCAAGCUCUGCCCCGAGCAUCGAGGCCUCAAUGUCUCCCUGUAGUCGCCAAACGAUGGAAAUCUGGUCCGUACGGGUAUACACAGGCCAAAGCCCUCGUGUACUCCCAGUAUGGCGAGCCGUCUGAUGUUCUUUCGUAUGUGCCCAAUUCCAAUGUUGAAGGGAGGGAAGAGGAAGGGAGACUGAUAGGGAUAUAGAUUACAUAAACAUUCCAUUUCCCCCUCCCUCCCACCAUCCUCGAUCCUCCUCCGCACCCUCGCCGCGCCUAUCAACCCCGCGGACAUCAACCAGAUCCAAGGGCUCUACCCCUCACGACCGCCCCUCACUUCCCUACUGGGCACACCAACGCCUAGCGCAGUAGCAGGGAACGAGGGGUGUUUCGAGGUAAUGCAACUCGGCUCCGGAAUCAAGACAUUACAAAAAGGCGACUGGGUAAUCAUGAAGAAGCCCUGUUUCGGGACGUGGCGAACCCAUGCUCUCGCCUCGGAAAACGACGUCUUGAAGAUUGAGAACAAAGAUGGGUUGAGUGUGAUACAGGUUGGGACCGUGAGUGUGAAUCCUGUGACGGCUUGGUGGAUGUUGAAGGGGUUCGUGGAUCUGGAGGGUGGACAGGAUUGGUUUAUUCAGAAUGGUGGGAACUCGGGAGUUGGACGGGCGGCGGUGCAGCUGGGGAGGGAGUGGGGAUUGAAGUCUAUUAGUAUCAUUCGCUCACGACCGACCGCGGAGGAGACGGAGGGACUUAAGAAGGAGUUGAUGGAGCUAGGUGCCACGAAAGUCCUCACCGAAGAAGAACUCCAAUCCCGCGAGGGUGCCGCCCAGAUCAAAGACUGGACCGACGACAACCUCAAACUCGGCCUCAACUGCGUAGGCGGCAAGCCCGCCCUCGCACUCACGAAGACGCUCUCCCCAGCCGGCCACUUAGUCACCUACGGCGCCAUGUCCAAACAACCACUCUCCCUCCCCGCCUCGCUGCUCAUCUUCAAAGACCUGAGGUUCUCGGGGUUCUGGGUAAGUCGCUACGCGGAGGGGAGGGAUGCAGAGAAAAGGGAGAUUGUGGAUAGUAUCCUGGAGUUGACGAGGCAGGGGAAGUUUAAGGAUAUCCCCGUGCAGGAGAUGAGGUGGGAGUGGGAGACUGAGGGUGAGAAGUUGAAGGAGGCUGUUGGUGGGACUUUGGAGGGGUCUAGGAGUGGGAAGGGGGUUUUGGUUUUUGGUGAUACGUGAGUUUGUGAGUGUGUGUGGGAGAUGUUGAUGGAUGGGAUGGGAUGGGAUGGGAAGAUGAUGUUGUAAGAUUUUUAUACCCUGUAUGUGUUGAAUGAGAUGAUGGCACUUGACGGAUUGGACGUCAUUUUGGGAGGUCACAUUUUUCGACUGACUUGAAAAGGAUGAAGGGAAGAUACGGAGCUUCAGUUCAGUUACCAUCUACAUUCUCUAAACUCAAACCUUUCAAAAGAAAGAUCUUAACCCAGCACUAGCGAGUAACUUAUCCAAGGCAGAAGUAGGAU